UGUAACGACAUAAAAAAUAUUUAACAUCUCACCUCAUAAAAUAUAUGUACAAAAGCUUGGUCUCAUAUUAUUUUAUAAUGAAAUAUUUAUUUCCAUUAUUCUGUGUAAUUAUACAAGUAAAAGUAACAACUAAUAUAUUAUGAACAUCGUACAGAGAUUUGUUAAUAACGACGAAAACUUUAAUGUGUUUGAUAGAUCCAGUUGUCAUGUAAAAUGACAGCAUCGCUUAAUUCUAUUUACUUUUAUAUAUGAACAUUUAAAUAAACUUUCAUUUGAAUUAACAUUUUUUUUUUAUUUAAAAGUAUUAAAUUUUUUAUAUGAUGAAUAACGUACGAGUGGAGUCGGAGUUAUUUGAUUCGUUGGACUUUUUGGUGUUGCCCAUUAAAAAAGGUCAAAGUUCUCUUCAAAGGAGCUUAAAGCCUACUAACCACUUGAUAAGAGAUUUUCGGAGAAAUAUUUUUGUUAAUUCUUCUCCGUGUCCUUCUAAUGAAUUAGACAUUCAAACACGUUCGUCACUUUUAUUGGAUGAAAAUACAAAGUUUAUUCAACAGCAGUGUUCCACUUUCAAUCUGACAAGAUACAAUACAGUUUCUAAUUUAAGCCUUCACAACAUAAAUUGUAACACAAGACCUUUUUUAAAAGAAGAGAGACCCACAAUAAAAGUAACCGUAAUACCAAAAGCAACUAAACAAUCGUCUAAAGUAUUCAAUAAACGUUGUCAAAGUUCCAGAAAGGUUCAAACAACGGUUUCCAACCAAGAGAACUCUAUCAACAAUAAAUCCGUUUACUUUUUAAUAAAAGGUAAUAAGAGAGAAAAAGUUCACGAAGUCAAAAAAUCUGAAAGUGUCGAUUUAAACUGUCGCAACGUAAACGAAAAAUAUGGAAAUAUAUUAUUCAGAAAAAUUACUGAAUCAAAACAAAUAUUAGAUUCAUUGAAAAUGGAGAAAAAAAGGCGUAAAGAGCGCAAAAACGUCAAGACUAAAAAAACUGCUCUCACAACAGACAGCUGUAACUGUCGCAAAGAAUUGUUUUCCGAUAACAUACCGUUUGUUACUGAUCGCAGAAGUCGUGUGACAGUUGUAGGUCAGGUAGGAUUAAAUCACGAAGACCAAUAUGUUUUAAAAUGCGCUGCGACUGUGAACGAUAAACCUAUUGAAGCAAAUGUCACGACGAAUGAUUUUUACGAAUUCACACGUUUCGAGAGGAACUACAAUGGGAAUCAAGGUCGGUUUUCGAGUUCUAAGCCUGUCCAUAAUUUAGACAGGAGUGAAAAUUUAAGGCAGCAGCGUCAGCAAGACUCGAAUGUGCAAACAGAUUUUACAUAUCAAGAUUACUUUGACACUCCAAUCAUGAAAAAUAACAGAAUAUCAAACCAGAGUACUCAAGUAAAUUUUAACAAUUUUAAUCAACAAUCGAGAAAAAAGGACCAGAGUGAUCAAUGUUAUUGGUCGCUUCCAACAACACCUACAUCUUUGGAUACUGAAGCAGGAGAUAAUGUUCUAAAGGAAUGCAAAAGCCCUUUGGUUAUAAUAUCUGUUUAUCCAAGACAAGAUACUGCAAUUGAUAAUGAUGCUGUUAAAGUGAUACGUCACACGUCUCCCAAAAGAAAAGAAGUACCUAACAUCAUGAGAAGUAAUUUUAGACAAAAGUUUAGAGAACCAAGUCCAGAGAAAACAAUUGGGCCCAAAUUAACAAAAAUGGAAUCCAAAUUCUCUAGAAGUAGGUCUUCUUCACCAAAAAAUAAAAAUGAGUCUAAAAAAGAGUUUUUAAAUAAAUCAGAAACGAGUGCCAAAAAUUAUAACUCAUUCAAAAAGGGUAAUCCUCAACAAAGUAGAACACCAAAAUCGAAUACCAUCAAUAAGUUACAAGAUCGUUCGGUCUGCCAAUGCAAUGAUAAGUCUUUAGAAACAGAAAUAUUAGACCAAAAUAAAAUGAAAAUGUUAGCGGGUAGGUCUAAGGAUAGGGAGCAAGUUAAAAAGGCACUAGUAAAUAGCUUUCUACGAAAUGUUAAUGGUAUGGAUAGAUAUGACAGGAAAAGUAAGGUAUUUGCGCCCAAAGACGACGCUUCUAAAGUGACAAUAAAUAUUGACGGCGACAAGGAACGCUAUGAUGUCCUUCUAGAACAUACCAAUUAUGACUCUGGUGUUUCCAUAAAAAAAACUAUUAAAACACCUCAAAUGGAUAGCAGUGAGGAAGCUACAAAGCCAGGAAUGCGUGCUAAUGAAGUUGUGGGUAAAAAUGAAUAUAAACAGUUUACGAAAAGAAGCCAGAAUGAUGGUAAAAUGAAACCAGAAUCAAGAAUAAAUGUAAGAGAUAGUAUAGAAAUUUGCAAAAGACAAGGAAAAGGCCCUAACCAGGGUCGCAAAAGUCAUUUAAAGAAUAAUAGAAGUAGUUUCCGCCAAACCACCUUAGACACUGAUAAUUUCGCACCAGUUAAACAUUAUCCCGGGGAUGAUUGCUCGGUCACAGAUCCAAAUGAAAGAGAUCGUGAAAUAAGGGAAUUGCUCGGAGUAAUGAGACAUCAAAAAAGACAGGAUAGUGAAAAUACCAGGAAUACUCCCCAAAAUGGAGGGUGUCGCUGCAGAAAAAGCCCAACCAGUACGAUGAUGGGACUCAGUAUUAAUAAAAUUAAUAAAUAUUUGAAACGUCACAAUGAUGAAGAAACAUUAAAUAAAUUGACCAAUCCAGGACUAAGUCACCGUAAAAAAGAACGUAUCGAUAGUUAUUUUCUUGAUCAGAAUCUUCGUCCUGAAACAAAUGUAUCUAAUCAAAUAAGAGUCACAGAAAAACCGGUUAAUAAAACUCAAGAUGUAAUUAAUUCAACACCACCAGCAACUUUGCAGGCGAGAGAAGAAGAAAGUUUCAUAAGAGAAGUUCUUGUGAACCGCAACGCGGAUGCGAUCCACAAAUUUGGAUUACAAAACGAUGAAAGCUUUAUCAAAGAUCGUCCCAAGAUAGAUACAAAUAUGUCACGUAAAGACGAUGAUACGACGUCCCAAAAUGUAGUUCUUAGUAAGAAUAUACAAAUAUUUUUACAAGUGGACCAAUUUAGACGGCAAAAAUCCAUAUUGUUAACACAAAAACAAUAUGAGAAAGUGAAAAAAAUUGUAGAACGUAAAAUAUCAAAGAAAUUGAGCAUAGAGAAAAGUAAGCGAUCUAACAUAAAAACUUAUAAUGUUGUAUCGGUUGGUGAAAUUAAAGUGAAGCCCAAACUCAAAGCACCAUUACUCAUUGACCGUGGAAUACAGACAGUUGAAGACGAAAUUAAAAAACGAGAUAACUGUGCGACGAACAAAUAUAAGACGGAAAAUGAAAAACCUAAAAUCAAGGAGGUAUAUGGAGGUAUCAAUAAAAUAUCAGAGGGUGCAAUGUUUAAAGAUAUACCUCACACAAGACGCAACACCCUCCGACAGGCAGUGUCUUCUGUUGAAAUCCGCUAUGCGCAAGUGAAAUAUAAGAAAUGUAUAGCAAUGUCUUCAUCAUCUACACGUUUCAAUAAAGACGUUAUGCAAUCCAUUCAAGCAAAAAAUGUUCAAAGACACAACAAUUCAAUUCUCACUAUAUUCAAAGGACACAAGAGGUCAGUUACUCCAAAUCUCGGUACGUCGGCUUAUUCGCUGUACUCUGACGAGACAGAUUAUUCUCAUAAAACUAAUAAACCUCCACAUUGCGAUGGUGAUUACAAGUCGAAGAAACCGUUCCUUCAACGAUUGAUAUCUUGUAUAAUAAUGCGUUCAAACGAAACGUCGAAUAUUAAGGAUAUCGUACGGAAAGAGACGAUGCCCACUCUCAAUAGCUCUGAUUCCUAUCAUUUAAGCACUUCCCUGGCACUGCUGGAUAUGAAUUCGUCUUUAUACGACACCUCAGCUUCAUUCUAUAGUAAUCACACAAUAUUGCCAGUGAACAAAAUGAAGAAAGGCUUUUUUAGCUCAGUUCGGGAAUUUCUGCGACGAAGUUGAAAUUUUCUAAAUUUGUUUUAUCUGUAUUAUGAGAUGUUUGUUUUAAAUUUGUUUCUUUUAAAUUGUGCUCAAAUAUAUACUCACAUUUCUUU